GCCCUCGCCACCAAUCGGCGCGCGCGCCGGCGUGGCCGCCCCCUCUCACGCUCGGGGGGCUGAGUGCGCCUGCGCGCUGCGCGGCCUUUUCACGUGUCCCGAGCCGCCCCGCAGGACUCUCCUUGCAGCAGCGGCCCGAGUUCAGAGUCCGGAGCUGCGGCGGUGGCGGCGAAGGCGAGAGUCAUGGCUGGACAAGCUUUUAGGAAGUUUCUCCCGCUCUUUGACAGAGUAUUGGUUGAAAGGAGUGCNGCCGAAACUGUAACCAAAGGUGGCAUUAUGCUUCCAGAAAAGUCUCAAGGAAAAGUGUUGCAAGCAACGGUCGUGGCUGUGGGGUCCGGCGGGAAAGGAAAGGAUUUCUAUAAUUGGCCUGAUGAAUCAUUUGAUGAAAUGGACAGUACACUUGCUGUUCAGCAGUACAUUCAACAGAACAUAAGGGCAGACUGCUCCAAUAUUGACAAAAUUCUUGAACCACCUGAAGGCCAAGAUGAAGGUGUAUGGAAGUAUGAACAUUUAAGGCAAUUCUGCCUUGAACUAAAUGGACUUGCUGUCAAACUUCAGAGUGAAUGCCAUCCAGAUACCUGUACUCAGAUGACAGCAACUGAACAAUGGAUUUUUCUUUGUGCAGCUCAUAAAACUCCAAAAGAGUGUCCUGCCAUAGAUUAUACAAGACACACACUGGAUGGUGCUGCAUGUCUUCUGAAUAGCAAUAAAUAUUUUCCCAGCAGGGUUAGCAUAAAAGAAUCAUCUGUAGCAAAACUAGGAUCAGUGUGCCGUAGGAUUUAUAGAAUAUUUUCACAUGCCUAUUUUCAUCACCGGCAGAUAUUUGAUGAAUAUGAAAAUGAAACAUUUUUAUGUCAUCGGUUUACCAAAUUUGUGAUGAAAUAUAAUCUGAUGUCGAAGGAUAACCUGAUUGUACCAAUUUUAGAAGAGGAAGUUCAGAACUCAGUUUCUGGGGAAAGUGAAGCAUGAAGGAAUCACGUAGAACAAUGUACUGAUCACAUAAUUAACAAUGAUGUACUGUAUAUAUAUCAUUUUAGACACAUCAAUCAUGUAUCCAUAUUAUAGCUUAUUUGUUUAGUAUAGGGUUUUGUAUGCUAUGUGUUGCCUUUUUAAAUGGGAAAUACAUUUUAAGUUAUUCAUGAGCUGUAUAUUCACUGGUGUGGCACUCAUGGUUUUUAAAUAAGUUUAGUAUUAUCUGUUUAUAAUGCCUGUUAAUAAAAGAAUUUACAGUUUGGUAAAA